AUGAGGCUGGAUGUGAAAGCAACGCUCUACAGCGGUCAUGUGUACAUCUGGUCGUACGAGACACAGCAAAUCGUCAAGACGUUUGAGCUCACCGAUGUCCCGGCCCGCGCCGGCCGCUUCAUUGCGCGCAAGAACUGCGUUGUCUGCGGGUCGGAUGCUUUCCAAAUCCGGGUUUACAACUACAACACAAGCGAAAAGAUCACACAGUACAAAGCCAAUCCCGAUUACAUCCGCGCCAUCGUUGUUCACCCGACACAACUCUCCGUCCUUAUUGCCAGUAAUGACAUGACUAUCAAGCUCUGGGACUGGGCGAAGGGGUGGAAGAACGCCAGGGGCACAAAUACCUUCGCGUCUGCUUGCCUGAAUAGGACCGGUGCCUUGGGUUCUUCCACUCUCAGGUUCCAAUUGGAAGCACACGAAACGAAGGGCGGAAACCGUGUCGACUACUACCCUCACAGCGAUAAACCAUAUAUUCUUACCACCUCAGACGACAAGGCCACACCAAAUAAUGUGUCUUUCGCCUGCUACCACCCGGAGCUGCCCAUCAUCAUUUCAGGUUCCAAGGAUUUGAUGCUGACAUACCGCUUCGAGCAGUCCCUGAACGACGGGCUGGAGAGAGCAUGGUGUGUGGCUUACCAGAAGGGCAAGCAGGGCAUUGCGGUGGGCUUUGACGAUGGCUUGGUAGUCAAGAAGUUCGGUCCCGAUCAUGCUCACCAACAGAGCCUGAUCCACUCCCCGAACGGCCGUUCUGCAGCCAUCUGUGGGGAUGGCGAGCGUUCGGUCAAGCGCUGGAAUUUGUCUGCGUCCAAGGACAACUCGAACGAUUUCGCCAUCCGCGUGUUGGCAACUAACAUCAAGGAUUUCAAAAACUUCCAAGAGAAGAAGGGCAGGCUGGACAUCCCCUUCGCGGCAGACGGACUUACAGGCGGCGUCUUGUUGGGUGUAAAGGGCCAAGCGGUCCGCCGCAUCGAGGUUGAGCCCAAGCAGGUCUACCGGAGUGAGAGAGGCGAGCUGGUGGCCUUGGCCUGCGAGGAUACGACCUACGUGCUGAGGUUUUCAAGGGAGAGCUACAAUGAGGCGGUGCAGAACGGCCAGGUCGACGAUGACGGCGUCGAGGCUGCGUUUAGCGCUGUUACUGACAUCAACGAGAGUAUCCAAUCCGUCGAAUGGCUCGGUGACACGUACACCGUCGCGCACUUUGACAAGCCCAUGUACAUCCUGGGCUACCUCCAGCGCGACAGCAAGGUGUAUCUCAUCAACAAGCACCUCUCCGUCACCUCGUUUGCGCUCUCCCUCCCUGUCCCGGAGUACCAGACGUUGGUCCUGCGUGGAGACAUGGAGAUGGCGGCCGAGCUCCUUUCCAGCAUUCCCUACGACCAGCUCAAAAAAAUUGCCCGCUUCCUCAAGGGCCAGAGACACAAGGAGCUCGCGCUCGAAGUCGCCACCGACCCGGAGCACGAGUUCGACCUCGCAUUGGCGCUCAACCAGCCCGACAUCGCCCGGAAAAUGGCGCGGAAGGCCGAUCCGGAUCACAAAUGGAAGACGCUAGGCGACGCCGGCCUCGCCACGUGGGAUGUCCCCUUGCGACAGAGUGUUCUUGUCAACGCCAAGGACCCUCGGCUCCCUUUUGCUGGUCUACAUUUCGUCCUGCGACCGCGCCGGUCUCGCCAAGCUGGCCGAGCAGGGCUCCGAGACGGGCGUCCUCAAUGUUACGUUCACUACAAGCGGUCGCUGGGCGACGUCCCCGGCUGCAUCGACGUGCUUGUCAAGACGAACCGGUUUGCCGAGGCGUGGAAGAAAGACCUGGAGAAGAACAAGAAGGGGCGCGUCGCCAAGUCGCUGGGCAUGCCUGGUGAGGAUGAGGCGCUAUUUCCCGAGUGGGAUGAAUGGCUGCUGUUGGAGAAGGAGGGGCCUGCUGUCGCGGGAGAGGCAAACGCUAAGGAAGCUGCUGAUGAGGUUGAGGACGCGGAGGAUGCGAAAGAGGAGGGUCAAGAAGAGGACGUGGGGUAGUUCUUGGGUCAUCUGUGUCCUAGCGCAUAUGCGCGCUGAAUUGGAUGUGAUUCUUCGGCGUAGGGCGGUUGCUGUGUUUGGUAGAGAGCAAAACGUAAAGGCUCGGUUUUGCCAGCAGAAAUGAUCAUUAUGUUCAGCAUUCCUCUAGACAGGGACGGUAGAUGGAUAAGGAUCAAGAAACUUGAUGAUUGUUGUUGGCGUUUGGUCUCAUUCUCAAG